GCCAUUCCUUGAUUAAGAUAAAUACAUAAGAUUCUCUGAUUCUCCGUUCACAUACCGAGUCGAGAUAUGAAGAAUUUUCACUUUUCCGCGAUUGAGGAUUGAAGUUUGUGCUUAAUUUGUUUAAGUACCUAUCACAACCAAAGAGCGCACGUUGUACGAAGGCAUGACUCGCAAACGAAGGAACCAUGGUAGGUCGAAGAAAGGCCGAGGUCACGUUGGCUUCAUACGUUGCACAAAUUGUGGUCGAGCAUGUCCAAAAGAUAAAUCUGUAUGGAAACUAGUAACACGAAGUAUGGUAGAAGCCGCUGCCGUUAAAGAUUUGGAAGAUGCGUCAGUGUAUGGCAAAAACUAUGCCGUUCCCAAAUUGUACGUCAAACUCCAAUACUGUAUCAGUUGUGCCAUCCACAGCAAAGUUCUUCGAAAUCGCAGUCGGGAAUCAAGGCGUCUCAGAAGGAUUUUAGUUAAACCCCGAGUUAAGUUCUCACGACCUGUUGCUCCUAGAGCAUGAUUGCAUAAAUAAACUAUUAUCCAUUGGACUUCGCCUUAUGAUUUUUGUCGAAACAGCACAGACAUGUGCAGUAAAAGUAUUGUGUUGGUCGGCCAUAAGUUACUCCUAUUAUUCCUGGCAUGAAUACUUGUGCGUUAUUCGGUUUAGUUAAUUUCAAAAUCCACAAUCGUUUUCUCGAGUGCACUUUUUUGAUUUACUUAAACAGUUAUCCGAUUGUAUUCGUCUUGCAAAUACUUUGUUCAUUAGGGUGGGUGUUUAGUUACAAUUCACGCCUGCAUUAUAAGAGCGGAUGUAUGCACCAGGCCGGUUUGUGUAUGGCAGAACUUACCUCAAUGCGGCUGCUAAAUCAGGUCUCAUAUGAUUCAGUCUCGCUGAUAAGUCGGGGUCUGAAUCGGUACACAUGAUGACUGACGAGUUAGAACCUAGGCAAUAAUAUGGUGAGUCUAUUAUCGCUGGUUGCUUCAGUUUACGUCUAAGAAGUAACAGUUCAGAUGUCGUGAAACAUAUUAGCCGCAAAGAUAAGAUGCCUGUCGGAGACUAUCCUGUUUGGUACGCCUUGCCUAGCCAGUUUAGUUCUGGAUGGUUAUGUAAAACUGCGUUUGUACUUAAAUAUUGCUGAGCAACUUGAGGGCGGUAAUUUAUGUACGAAUGCUGUUUCCUGCGGUUGUAUUAAUAUAAUGAAUUACUUUCCUUAUUGAGUCCAAUGCGCCUCGUUAUCGCGAAUUACACUCAAUGGUGACAAGUAUAUAACCAAUAAUAAAAUCUCGGACGGACUCAAUGAAGUUAUUUUGCGUUUAUUAUUUCAGUGAAAUUCCGCAGUCGCAACAUAAUCUGCCGCGUGUUUCUGUUGGACAUAGAAUCCAUAGGCACCUUAAUGUUGGAAAUCAACAUCCCCAAUACUCAAGGUGUUCUGUUACGUCCAAAUCCGAACUAUACGGAGCAUUAGUUUAUCGGAUGCUUGGGUUUGAAUGUGAUCCAGCAAGCAAUUAUAAUUAUUUAUAGUAUUAUAGGUAUGUCCAUUCACGAGCCCCCAAAUGCCCUGGUACG